AUGGAUGAGAUCUUCCAUGUGCCGCAGGCUCAGAAGUAUUGUCAGGCGAAGUUCCACGAGUGGGACCCAAAAAUCACAACAUUCCCUGGUUUGUAUGUCUCCAGCUGUUUGCUGAGAGGGGUGGGGCUCAGCGGCAUGGGCUUCUGCGGCAAAGACAUGCUACGCCUAGACAACGCCUUCUUCGGCUUGGGAGUGCAUGCCGUCAGCUACCGGCUAUUGCGGAGGCGGUUGGAUCCCAGCAAAGCAGCGGCUCAGUCAUUGAUGCUGUCUUUGUACCCGAUUCACUUUUUCUACCAGCUACUGUACUACACGGAUGUCGGCUCGCUGUUUUGGGUUUUGCUGGUGCAGGACAUCGUGACGCCAGGGAGGGGCCAGGCGUUACCAGGCCCAUGGCGCAUCGCUGUGGGAGCGGCAACAGGCGCAGUGGCGGUGCUCUUUCGACAGACGAACGCGGUUUGGCUCAUGUUCAGCUUCGGCACUGCAGCUUUGCAGGACUUGCAGGCAUCCAAGUGGGGCGAGCUGCAGGGAGAGAGCGUGUCGCUCUGGAAACUGCUGACGUUCGCUAAGGCUCUUCUCCUAGAAUCUCAGCGAUUGCUCUUGCGAUUGGGCUUGCUGCUAGUUCCAGUAAUUCUUUUCAUCGGCUUCGUUAUCUACAAUGGCUCCAUUGUGCUUGGGGACCAUUCCAACCACGAAGUCGCACCACACUGGGCGCAACUUGCGUAUUUGAGCGCGAUCACUGCAGCAACCUGUUCCGUCGAGGACUCAGCCUUGUCGCCGAGGUGGGUGAUGCAGUUUCUGAGAGCCUGCUUUGGCAGCUUGGGUGGUUUUGUUUUGUCAGCUUCGUCGCUAGCUGUGGUGGUGUGCGUGGUGCACAAGUACAGCUUGGCGCAUCCCUUCUUGCUCGCAGACAACCGCCACUACACCUUCUACUUGUGGAAUCGCUUUCUGAGCAGGCCGUGGGUGAGGGACGUUCUAGCUCCGGCAUAUCUCUAUGCAGCAUGGUACAUUUCCACACGGCUGAGCAAGGCCCAGUCUGGACUUUGGGUCUUAAUCUGGUGGGUGGCUGCCUGCCUGACGCUGGUCCCCGCGCCGUUGCUGGAGCCGCGUUACUGGACAACAGCUGUCAUCAUGGCCCAGCUACACUUUUACGACCGCUCUUGGCGCAGCAUCCUGACACUUUCGCUCGCUUACCUGACAGUCAACAUUAUCACAUUGGCAGUGUUCGUUUUCAGGCCAUUUUAUUGGCCCAACGGGGAGAUUGCACGUUUCAUGUGGUAG